AACAUACUCCCUGUCAUGUUUAAAGCUAUAUCCUUCCGUCCAGCUACAGCCCGUGCUUUUGCACGUUUAUACCACCUGGUGGACCAUCCUGUUUCUAACCAAAUCAUUAACCCAAAAAGUAUUGAAUCCAUAAUAUUGACUGGUUCUCUCAAACACAUCCCAACGUAUGGAUUUUCUUCCAAUUGUGUGACCCAGGCCAUCAGAGAAUUGAAGUAUCCCGACUCUACGCAUUCAGUGUUGACUAGUUCAUCCACAGGAACUUUAGAAUUCCAGUUGAUGCUUCAUUGGCUCAAGGUCCAACGUCAACGUUUAGAAGACCAUGUUAUGGAUCCAAAGAGUGAGUUCCAUUCCAUUGCAAAUGAAUAUGACAGAGUCAGCUAUUUGAUUAAGAAGAGAUUGCUGUACAACGAACCAAUUGUCGGACAAUUAUCUGGAGGUUUGUCACAGUUGGUUGCUCCUUACAACAUGCCUCAAUCACUUGAAGAAUUGCACAGUUUAAGCGAUGAUAUUGCCUACUAUGCUGGAGAUGCAUCCAAUGAUUUUGCUUGGUAUUCCAAGAGAGCUGGAUUUUCUUCCAUUUAUGUUUCUUCUGAAUUAUACAUGUUGCAAGACACCAGUGCAGGAUUCAAGAACACAAUGGAAUUUGUAGAUAAUAAGGUCAAAGGUUUGAAUGGUUUAGGAGGUGUCUAUUCUGAUGUUGAACAAUGGGGUGUUUUCAACGCUAUGGGGUUGAUAAACCUUAUCAAAUCUCAAUUAUUGAGAGGUUAAAUAGGUAUAUAGUAAAGGUUUAUGAUCAUAG